UGCCAACCGCCGUUAAACUCCGAAGAAGAAGUAAAGGGAAGUAAACAGUGAUCAAGAAAACGUCAGCGUUUUAGCAAAAAUAUUACUCAUUUAAUUGCACAGCAUCACAUACUUAUCCAAUGUAGUCUUUAAUUCGAUUUGGAGACAGGACUUGACUGAUAGCUAACGUUACCUAGAUAGCAUCUAACAAUGGCUAACGUGAACAGUAUGGUUUUCCACACUCAAAUAGCCUCCAUCAUGGAGGUGCUAGCGAAUGCAGCCGUGGCAGAGAUCUGUAAAGUCGUAGACGACGACUAUGAAGUGUUUCGUUUGGAAAUAACUCAAAGCCAGAAAGAAAACAGGACAUUGAGGAGGAAACUACAGCUUCUGGAAAUGAAAGUGUCACGGGAGCGCACAGAGAAGACUAUGCGAGAGCGCGUUCUCGCCAGUCCCAGAAGUGUCAAGAUCCUCGACCGAUACAGAGCAACGGCAAGAGGUGAAGGACAUCUCACUGAAGGCUACAGAAGCAUUGUGAAGCCAGCGGGACAUAAUACAUGGAGAGAUGACCAACCAAUCACUGUUGACGAAGGGAGUGGAACCUCAACCCAGCAUGUUAUUGUGAUCGAGUCUGCAGAUGCAGAGGCUGCAGGUCCUGGGGUCAAGCAGGAGAGGUCUGAAGGACAGGAGGACCCACGUCACUGCAGAGACAUCCAGACUGGAGCGCCCCCUGAAGCCACGGGGGACCUCACUGCCGCCGCGCCCCAGCCCAGGACCCGACGCAGCAUCAUGGAGGAGGAGGAGGGUCCAGAGGUGCUGCUGGUGAAGGAGGAGGGGUGUGAGGAGGGUCUGGGGAACCCUGAGGAGGCCAUAGUCGUGGAUGACAACCAGACUACACCUCCUCCUGAACCCACAGAGGAACCAGCUGAGCAGCACAGAACCACACACAGUCUCACUGAGCCAGUAGACAUGGAGGAUGGAAAGCCUGAUCUGCUGCUAGUCAAAGAGGAGACAAUACAAGACGGACCAGAGAGCAUUGAUCUGCUGAGUGGACUAAAGAUGGGGGAGCAAGGUGGUUGGCUGGAGGCUAACAGAGACUGGACGGCCAUCUUGGAUUCCCAGACCCAGGCGGGUCCAGCCAAGGGUCCAGGGGACAACAACACUGAGGUGGCCAGGACCAGAGGUGACAUAGUGAAGUCUGCAGUCCAUGAAGACCUGCUGAUAUCCUGUGUUACUGGCGGGAGAGACUGGACCUCUGAAGUGGCUGGUCACAAACCCUGGCAACAAAUCAGAACCCUGGAUCAGGAGCCGUCUCUCUUCCUUCCUGAAUCGGAACCAGGACCCAACCAAGAGGGACAGAGACUCCACCACCACACAGAACACAACCAAUGGACUGGUGGACUGAACAACCUCGGUCCUGGUGGUCAUCAGAGAGACCCAGGCUCCAUUCAGGGAUCCAGUCUGCAGCCCAGACCCUUCUCUUCACAGUCUCCGUGCAGGGAUGAUACAGGGCCUGGGGCUGAUAGACCCUCCUGUUCCUAUGAUACAAACACCACAGUAUCUAUGAUGAAUAGAGCAGGUCACCCUGGGCUUCAGCCUUCACAUGUAGUGGUGGGAGACCCCCUUGGUGGUAGUCGGUCUUCUCCUUCAGGGUCUCAUCUAAUGCCUGGUGGGGUCUGGGUUCAUAGAAGGCCUGGGCCUGAAUCUGGGUCUAGCCUUCCUCAGCUACCUCAUGAUUACCCCACAAAUACAAACAGGGUCAGGAUCGGUGUUCACAACGAGACGUACCUAGCCUAUAACACAGCACACAAUCCCAACAACACCCAAACAAUGGCUAGAGGUCAAGGAGGGAGCUCCAACACUAACCACCUGAGGGUGGUGGCUCAUGCUUCUACCUCCUCUGGUGUCAUUGGGUCACAACAUGGGAGGCCGAGCAUUAGGACGGACACCGAUAAGCCGUUUGCCUGCCCCACGUGUGGGAAGCUCUUUGCUAAGACAAAAUAUAUGAAGCAGCACCAGACCGUUCACACCAAGGAGAGGCCCUUCAAGUGCAAACUAUGUUACAAGAGCUUCUCCUUCUUGAGUUACCUCAUCAGACAUAGGCGUGUCCACAACAGGGAGAAAUUGUAGCUAUUCUUUAGCUGAAAUAUUGUAGUUCUCAUUAAGUCUAGUGGGGUCAGAGUUUUUGGGGGAUUACUAGGUCCUUUUAGUUGAUUAUCUGGGGAUGCUCACAUGAUACAGGCUUGUUGUUUGGUGUGCUGGCAUAGCCAAAAUAACACUGAAAUUAGCCAAAAACUAAGUUUUCAUGAAUUUUUACAAUACCCUACAUUUGGGACUUUGUACCUGUGGAACUUAGUGGAAACCCUUUAAAGCUCGGUCCUUGCCCUCCGGGGGUCCUUGCUAUCCAGAAUCCUUGGGAUGUUACACACAACAACCCCCCGCCUCUGAAUUUGGUUUUGCCUUUUUUUUCUAUUCAUAACAAAUUUUUCUAUUCAUAACAAAUUAUUUAUAACACCUUUAACACAUUUGGCAUAGUCAGGUUGCACCUGUUCCUUUAUGUGAUCAAAUCUGUUAAUAAAUGAGAAAUCAUUUCCUUUU